GCUGGCUUGACCAUGUCCUCCUGGGCGGCCUAGCGUUGGGAUUAUCGACGCGGCCCUACGUAUUGAUAAAAACUGCAGCAUGAUUGUCUCCAUCUGGCUGCUGACGGCAGGACCGCCACGGGGCCUCGAUGGUCCCGAACCUUGGUUCAGCUGGCAACUAACCAGCUUCCCUAUCUGGUGGCGGUUGCUGAGUUGUCAGGUCGAGGCGGCGUUUGCGUGCCAGCCUCGGCCGUGUCAGCUCUCCGACCUCACCGUAACCCCUGGGCAAAUUUCCACACCUCCACCAGCCGCUCUGGGCAAUCUAGAGCCUUGCCAGGUUGGCUGAGAGGAGGCCGGUCCAUCACAAUGCAGGCUGCCGACCCGGACACGAGCUCCUUCGAGGCCC